UCGAACGCAACGGUCUCGCUUCUCUUCUGCGACCCCCUGCGAGAGGACUCACGAGCCUGUGUGCGUACACGUUCCAUCGGUUCCUCCGGGGAGAGACUUGCGCGCGCGAAGAGCACUUCGCCGAAUGCUUCGUCCGAGAUCAGAGUCGACGCCGGUUCGCGUAGCGGAUGUUCGUGCGUGAGACUGCUCUCACUUCGCAUCGCUCCAUUUUCAUCACACUGAGGAAACGCGGGUGAAGACGAAAGGCUGUACACAGACGCACCACCGCCCGGCGACGCGGUGAUCAUCGCGAAAUCCUGCUCGACCAACUCGAGGGGGAAGCUAACAAGGAAAAUGACAAGAUAUCGAGAUGAGUGAUUCAUCGAAAACAACCGAGAUGGAGACGUAUUCCGAGGAGAAUUGUUUGAAGGUGUCUUCGCCAAUGCAAAACGUGGCGCGGCAAGACUCGGGCGUACCGGAAGAUCUCGCUUCGCCUAUUAACGAUGAGACACGGCCUCUCAACGAGGAGGAUCCGGAUCUCACGGUGAACAGCGAAUGCAACAUUACGGUCAUCCACAUCAGCGAAACGCAGGACAGCAAGAAUAGCGAGAAGUCGCUGAACGAAAAUAAAGAUAGCAAGGAUGGCAGCGACAGCGGUGUCGAGGGCUGCGCAACCGAAGCUUCAAGAUUGUUUAUGCGAAACUCGCAGGUACGUAGGAACAGCGUCGAUUACGGGAGCAGUUGCGGCGGGCUUGACGAGGCGUCGUGCGACUCCAGCCUCGUCAGUUGCUGUUCUGUGUAUGAGGACCCCUGCGCUACGUUGCCGGACGACGUUCGGCUCGGUACUACCGGCGGCGAAGGCACCAGCGAAGGUGGCAGCGAGAGUUCAUCCAUCGCCGGUAGCGUGUCUGUACGCACGAGUCGCAUGAACGUGAAGAGGGCUACGACGGUUUCCAGCGCGGCGAAGAAGAAAACAGCAGGUGUUGAAUCACAGAAGCCCAUCCGCGCGAAACCGAUUACGACGACCUCGAGCACGAGCUUGAACACAGCGACGCCUCGGUCCAAAUCGCGAACGGCCACACCGAGGAACAUCCUGGCCAAGACUCCGAGCGCGAGCAGGGAGAGGGGAGAGCGGGAUCGGGCACGAUCGAGGGAGAAGUCUAGCGCCAGGGAGUCGAGCUCCUCCCUGAUCACGGAAGUCGCUAAGACCUCCAUUGCUAGUCGUGCUAUGCCGGCGUACGGUUGCCGCUCCAGCACCGGUGCCGCUUCCUCCAAUACUGUGUCCACCUCCACCUCGUCCUUCACGAGAACGAGGACGAGAGCGUUGCCCGAUUCAUUGCCGUCCGUGUUGACCACGGAGAUCAACAAGGAUCUCGCCCAACGCAGCGGCGUGGGCGCGGUGAGAGCAGUCGCCAGGAGCGACUCGAGAUCUAGGACCGCGUCCAGCACGCGAGGAUCGCGCACGCCAGCCUCCACACCGUCCGAAGACACGAGGUCGAAAAUACCGUCCUUAUCGAGCGCUCGCGUACUUUACUCCACGCGCACCGAUACCGUCAUCGCGAAAAGCAUGCGUGCGGACAAAGCGGCCGUGACGAACAGCGGUCAAGACAACAAGGCGCUGGACACGUACGCGACGUUACCGCGUAGAAAUAGAAAUAAGCUCGCGAUUUCGAAGAACCCCGGCGAGAAGAUGGACGGCAACGGUAAGACAACGAGAAGCAGACCUGGCAGUCGAGACGCCAGUCUCAGCAGAGCCGUUGAGAAGAGAAUCGCCGGCGCGAAGGAGUUGUCCGUUGGUCACAAGAGUUUACCUCCGUACCCCAGGCACAGGACGGCCGAGAGGACUCGCAUUUACCAUGAGACCAGCGCGCAGACCGGUUUGACCGGGCAGGACAUCGAAAAUGCGAUGUCCGGGCAGCCGAGUGCGGUGGCCGGGCCCGAAGUCAUUGAGAGGCUGCACAAAAGUUGUCAGACGGAGGAUGCGUGGGAUGAUAUGUGUGAUAACUUGAAACGGCUGAGCGAGGAGAAUGACGUGCGGAAGGAGGAGAAUGAGAAACUGAAGCUCGAGCUGGUCGAAGUGAAUCGCCUGUUGGAGGAGGAACGAGCCGAUCAUGCGUUCGCGCGGCAGGAGCUUGAUAGAAAUGCACAGCGAGUGUUGGCUAUGUUGGGCACGCCGCAAUCGGAACAAGCAGACGGCAGCGACAGUUUCCUCGAGCUGGAGUGUCACAUACAAUCGUCGGGACAAGUAGUCGCUAAUCAGCUAAUCGAGAUAGCUGAUUUACAAUCGCUCUGCCGCAUGUUGAACAGGGAUCUGGACAAGAGCUUAGCCGCGCAAAAGGCUUUACUACAACAGCAGCAAGAAUUAGAGGCCGAGUCAGCGGAAAUGCAAGAUUUUCUUCAAGAGGAGAAGGCUACCUUGGCGGACGCGCUUAAAGACGCUGAAUUGGAGCUUAAGAAGAAAGAGGAGUCUUUGAUACAACGAGAGGCGGAAUUGGAAAGGCAAACGGAAGAAUGUAAACAUUUAGUACGAAUUAGCGAACAGAGAAGACAAGAGAAUCUAUCUAUGAGCAUGAAACUGAACGCCGUCGAACGACGAAGCAGGGAACUUUUGCUCACUCAAGGUGCUGCCAUGUCCGGCGCGGCUGUUGCCCUCUCCGGGCUUGGUACCAGAUUAGAGGGAUUAGUAGAUCAAUUAAUUGCUUCUUAUAACAUUUCAGGAAAAGAUCUUGAGGACGUCAUAUAUCAUAAUGAAGCGUACAGCAGAAGUAACAGUAGCGUCGAGUCUAGUCCUGUUAGCUCUAAGCAAAGUUUGAAGGAAUGCACACCAAGUCCAAAGAGUGGAUCUUUCGUUUCCGCUGUGAUCGGCGCGAUUCGCAACGCUGCGACGCAUCCUUUCGCAGCUAGGAAUAUUGACAAGAAAUCCAAUCUGGAUUCGUCCAAACAGAUCUACAAAGAAUUAAGCAUGGAAUCAUCAUCCGAUUUGUUGGACUUUGAGACUGAGCCCUGCCUGAUGAUGGAAAGCGUUUUGGAAGAUGUACCCUUACCCGACACGUACUCGCACAACAUGGUAUCGAGUAGCGAUUCUCUGCGCAGAGCGUUGAGCUUUCCCGAAACAGUGGACGAGCAUAACAUGAGGAAGUCAAAGAUCAGUGACGAGUGCACUAGUCUCACAAAUCUCACUCAGGCGAUCUUGCAUCGUCGUAAAGUGGAAGACGAGGGUGACGAGGAUUGCGAUUCUGUGAGCGAAUCCGAUACCGGUACCAACGAUGGUCCUGCUCCUAUGACAGAUUAUUGUCCGCCUGUGGGUCUCGUUGAUCAAGUGAUUGACGUAGAUAAUCUCGUGACGAAGCUCUUGAAAGUUCUACGAAUCAUACAACUGGAUAAUGAUACGUGUAUACAGGAAUUGAAAGAAGAAAGGUCCAACUUAGAGUCGAAACUAGAAGCGACUGUGACGGAACUGAACGAACUGCGCAAGAUUAUCGAUAAUCUUCAUCAAUCGUCGGAGGAAGUGUUGAACAACGCGUCCGAUCGACGGCGUAGCGUCGUGGAGAAUUGUCGCAUUCUGAUCAAAGAGAUCGCAGUAACUCAUAAGCCGAAGGAAAACUAUUGAUCUCGCUAUUGACAGCUGUUGACAUUUCUCCUCCACUCGACCUCCGUAACUUCCUGGCGAGCUCCAUAGAUCUCCGCGAAGAACAAUUUGCGUGUAUUUGCAGAGUACAACGUCCGUGCCGUAUCGAAGACGUCCGAAACGCGUCCACGAUCGCCUAUCGAAGAGGCGAGAACGAACCUCUCGCAGUAACGAGUUCGCGGAUAAGUGGCGGGCAACAAGAGGAAGCUCGCGAAGAUUGUAACGCGGAACUGUCAAGGCUGACUUCUGAUCGUCGUCAACGAGGUAUCAAUGGCACGUUCACGUGUCUUCCACGGCGGUAACCAGUUCUAUGAAAAAAGAAGAAGAAGAAGAAGAAGAAGGCGAAGAGAGGAAGAGGAGGAGAAGUGAAGAAAAGGACGCGAUGACGCCGAAGACAGUAUGUUGUGCACGUGUGUCCGAUAGUUGUUACACUCCAUGUGCGAGCAUCGUGUAUACAGACGCGUCCGCAGACGUGUGUACACAUUUGUAGUAAGCGAUCUGUAAAGGGCAAUGUCCUAUCGUGGCCGCGGCGAGUUCGUUUCCCCGAUCUGCCGCCCGGCGCCUAUUACCGUAACCUUGCCCUUGCUCUCUCUCUCUCUCUCUUUCCCUCCCUCCCUCCCCCUCUCUGUCUGCCCCCUCUCUCUUCCUCUUUUUCUUUCUGCCGCGUGCGCUUCCGCCACGCCAUCGGCAACACCGUCACACCAGCGCAGAAAGCACCUUUGGAAACGACCUUCGCUUCCGGGGAUUCCCAGGAGCCCAUACCAUGCGCCUUAUAUGGCUAUCCGUCUCUGACCGGACCGGGCCUACGCUUUGAGGACUCUCAGGAUAUAGAGACCGAUAGCAGCAGAUCUUCCGACGUACACGCUAUUUUUGUACCACGGACCAAGAGGUACCAAGAGUACGCAGAAAGGAAAAGAAGAAAGAGAAAAAAACGCGAAGAGAAAGAGAGAGA